CCUCUCUCUCUCCUCCUUUUCUACGCUAUAUAAUCCUCUUUCCGUCCCUUCCCUCUCCAAUCCAUUCCUCCUUUUCUCUCUCUUGUGUACGAAUUUCAAACGUAAAAAAUAAAAUAUUCAACUUCUAUUUUCCUGUUUCUUCAUCCCCAUAAUGGAAGAAGUGACUUGCAAUAAGCGAGUUCGAGAUGACUCGGACGAGUUCAGCGACGGCUCUCCCGAUGUGAAAAAGCUCCGAGGCGACCUUCUCGACGACCUUGACGAAGAGAAUCUCUGGACGGAAGGUCAGGAUCUCGAAUCCUUCAUGAAGAGUUUCGAGGAUGAGAUAGCGCCUUCCCCGUCCAAGGCGGUGGAAAUUAUCGACUUGACUUCGGAUUCCGGCGAUUCUCUGCCGGAUCUCGGUUACCUGUUCGGAGCCUCGGACGACGAGCUUGGCCUCCCGCCGGCCGGAACGUCUCAAGCUGGGGAGCAGCAACCGGAGAAAUCCGAGUUGAUCUGGGUUUCAUCCGACCCGGUUGAACUGAAAUACGAUAGUUGGGGAAUGGACGGGCAGAUACCGAGUUAUGACUCGUUCGAGUUCGGAUUACCCGACCCGGUAAACUUUAGCACAGUCAAUGAUGGCGAGUACGAAGCUCUGGAUGGAUUAUUUGACCAUUCGGAUCUUACUUUCGGGUGGGGUGAUAAUUUGUGGAGAUCCGAGACCUUGCCACUGGUCUAGAAUUUUAGAUCUAGGUUUAGAGUAAUCUUAAUCUGUCUUUGUUAAUUUUUUUAGAGGGAAAUCAUUGUAAAAUUAAAGAGGAAUUUAAGUUCUCAAGUUACCUAGAAUUUGAUAGUGAAUUUUGUACGAAGUGUUUCCUUUUGAAUUCCUGCGGUUUGUAUUAAAGUUGUGUAGUUUAAAUUUCUGCACUUUCCUUUUUGAAUUUAUUUUUAUGAAGCAAAAAUGACACACAGAUUAAUAAAGUGAAAAAUGCGUAGUAGAG